AUUACUCCUGUAAUACAUAUACAGCUGGUGGAAAAGGCAUCAAACAAUAAAAAUGUGAGAUUAUGAUAGAUUAAGAAUUUAAAGAUUUUAAAGGUUUGCCGUCAGUGAUCCACAGGAAGUGCAUGUCCUGUUGCAAAAAGUUGCUUACAAAAGGGUUUGUGUCUAGCUUAAGACCUUCAAACCUGUUCUUCAUAUAUCUUCAUCAUCUGACCUUCUGAAUAUCUCAUCUCAGCAUCAUGCACUUCUGCUGGAGAAUAACUUUAAUGCUGAUGGUUCUUGUGUGCGUUUCUGAACAGCAGGGCAAUUAUCGUCGGCCGACCAGAGUCGGAGUCAACUGCUGUACAGAGGUGUCGAAGGCAAGAAUCCCAAAUCGCAUAAAACUUAUUGGAUACAAGCAUCAGAAUGCUCUGGCUCCAUGUGUCGAUGCUGUGAUUUUCUACACAGAGAAGGAAAAAUACUGCUCUGAUCCAAAGGCACGCUGGAUUAAUCCCAAAUUAAAGAGUCUGAAGGAGAUAAAGGACUGAGUCAGUGGAGGUCUAGACAUGCGCUUCAUAUCGGAACAUUUCUGAGAAACAAAUCUAUUUAUCUAAAUAGAGACUAUAAUAUAUUUAUUGCAUUUAUUUUACAUUGCGUUAAUGUUAAUGAUACCAAUAGCUAAGCUUUCAGUUUAUGUGUGAAUGUUAGAAAAAAUUGUUCUCUUAUAGAUUUAAGCUUCGUUUUAUUUGCUCUUAAAUGAAAAUAAUGUUCUUUCACACAAGAGUUAAGUUUUUGCACCCUGUUAAAUUUUGGAUUGUCUUCUUAAAUGAAAUUAAAUCGGGUUCAUCAAGCAGUAAAUAUGUUGUGACAUCUAGGGGUGAACUUCACCAAAUACAGGACAGCACAAUAAUGUUUAUGAGCACUGUUUACUCAUAUUGCAUAUAUAAGCGAAACGUGUUUUAACUAACUUUGAUUGUAUACUCACUUAGUUUUACAACUCGCCAUGAUUGUAUAUUAUUUUUUGUUGUUAUUUGCCUAUAGCAUCUUAUUGAGCGUUUGUACCCGUAAACAAUAUAUGACCUUCCAUAUGUGGCCUCAUUUCAGAAUGCGUUUACAUGCAUUUUUUAGUGCCAACUACAGUUUGUAGAGUAUUUUUUAUUAUAUGUAAUACAAACUUUUUCUCCAUGGAUUUUAAUUUUGUUCAUACCAACAAUAAACACAAAAUCUGUCUAUGCAUGAUGUAUUAUGAUGAACAAUUUGCCAGAUUUUAAAACAUAUUAAUCUUGUUUAACAUAUACAACCAAUAUUAUUUAAUAUGAUAUGUUUAAAUGAGCA